AUGCCACAGGACCCAAAUCUCUACGGCCAGCGGGCCCCCAAGCGCCAGAAGAAGGAGAUCGCCCUCCCGAGCUCCCUCGCCUUCUCCUCCGAGCUGUCCUCUCUCAUCGCGAACAAAUCCUCCUCCUCGACUACAGCCCGGCCCCGGCCAUCCAAGUCAAAACCAGAUCUCUUCGCAGGCGUAAAAGCGAAGCGGAAGGCCGAGAGGCAGGAGCGCGAGCGCGACGAGGGGAAGCUGGUCCUGAAGGAUGCGGUCGGCACAGAGGACCAGAAGAAGGAGAACGAGGCCGCCCGGCGGAGGAUGGAGGAGAAGGCACGCCUGUACGCCGCCAUGAAAAGGGGCGACUACGUGGCGAAGGAAGGCGAGGCGGCGCCCCUCGUUGACUUCGACAGGAAAUGGGCCCAGGCACAGGAGGACGGCAAGGGGGAGUCCUCGUCCUCGGAGGACGAGGGUGACAAUGACGAUGAAGAAGACAAUGUCGACAACGAGACUGUCGAGUACACGGACGAGUACGGCCGCACGCGGCGCGGCACGCGGGCGGAGGUGGCGCGCAUGGAGCGACGGCAGCGGGUGAGGGCGUACGCGGCGCAGGAGGCGGAGACGAUGAGCGCGCGGCCCAAGGCGCCCGAGAAGGUCAUCUACGGCGAUGCGAUCCAGAGCGAGGCGUUCCGCGCGGCGGACGAGGACAAGAUGGAGGAGCUCGCCCGGAAGCGGGACCGCAGCAUGACGCCGCCCGAGAUGAAGCACUACGAUGCCGACAGCGAGAUCAGGACCAAGGGCACGGGUUUCUUCCAGUUCAGCAAGGACGAGGAGACGCGGCAGAGGGAGAUGGCCAACCUGGAGGCGGAGAGGCUGAAUACCGAGAGGGAGAGGGCGAAAAAGGACGAGGAGAAGGAGAGAAGGCGGCGGGAGGUCGAGGAGCGGAGGCGGGUAAUUGAGCAGAGGAGGAAAGAGCUCGGUCAGAAGAAGGCUAGGAAGAUAGCGGACAGUUUCCUGGACGGGCUGGCUGCCGAUAUGGGAGAGGGAGAGGGCGAGGAUCAGGGGGCCAAGGACUGA